GGCAUGGAUGUUUGCCGCAUGGUUAUACCCACAUGGACAGGUGAGGUUUGCCAUUGUUAUACAUAAGAAACCGGGUUCGUCCCUACCCAGACACUAUUCUUUCUCUAUCACUCCAACGCUCACUCUGCUCGAUUUCUUGUUGACACUCGCUAUCCUUCAAGAAAUCCAAUAAUCGCUAUAUACACUCACUCGUUCAUCGUCGAUUCACCGAGCGUAUAAUUAUCUAAUACCACUGUCCUCAACCACUGCCAACGAACUCAAAGCGAGUAUUAUCCAUCACUCUCACUCUCAAACAACUCCCAAAAUCUGUGGUCCUUCCAAAUCUCAAAAUGAAAUACACCACAUCCCCCACCACGGCUCUUAUCGCCUACCUCACCCUCGCCCUCCACCUCCAAACCUCCACGGCCUUGCCCCUUGAGACCAACCAACGCUCUCCCAUAUGCGGCGCUGCCCCCACCGCACCAACAGGGACCCGCGUCCCGCUCACUACCCCGUCCGCGACUACCGCCGCCGACUGCUCAGACUUAUGUCUCCUCAACCCCUCCUGCCGCAGCUUCGCCUUCGGCCUGCCCCCCGAUGCCGCCAAUCCCAUUUGCGAACUCUACGGCGUCUUUGGUGCCGACGUCCCCUGGCAGGCGGCCAACUUGGUCGUGUAUGAUCGCGUUUGCGAGGAGAUUCCGUCCACGGAGCCUACGCCGGCCAACCCGCAUGGCCUGACGCUGUUCAGUGGAGACGAGCUGGAUGGGUACCCUGGGCCGGAAGGGCAGGGUGAUGACAGUGUAGCUAGUGAGCUGCGCAGACGGGAGCGUGGUGAGGCUAGUGAGACGGAGUAUCCGAGGCAGUGAAGAGACUGAUCGGGCACUCGUUUCGAGAUUGGCAUGAGGAGGAGACAAGAUUUGUAUUCCCAUGAGAUAUUAUCAUGAUUAAUUUGCAUGCAUGAGCGGCACGGCGUUUUGUUUUGGGAUAUCCCGUGGUCAAAAGCAUUAGGAUCGGGGAGUUUGUGGAUAUGAGGGAUGGACAAUGCACAACGGAGGACUAUACUACAUUGCACUACCAACUAUGUCAGUGAUAGUAUUAUAUAC